GAAAACAGACCCAUUCAGUUCAUCAACCCACUGAAAAAGGAAAUGUCUUGACUGUCUUUGUUCUAAUUCUAGGUUUGGUAAGGUAUCUGCUUCCAGGAAAUGGGCACCAAGGUAGCCAUGAGAAACCUGCUUCCUCUCUUACAGAAACGUUUUCUAUCAACAUCAUCGUCAUCUACUCCAACACUUUCUCCUCUUUCCACUGCUCCAUCGUCAUCAUUUACAGUAGACUUCCUCAUCAAGUCAUGUGGGCUUCCCUCAAAAUCUGCUCUUGCUGUCUCCCAGAAGUUACAACUCGACGAGAAGAGCAUCCAGAAGCCCCAAUCAGUACUCGAGUUUCUGAAAGCUCACGGCUUUAAAGAAACCCACGUCGUCAAAUUAAUUGAGAAGCGGCCUGAUGUCCUCAGACGUGGAGUAGACACCAAUCUCAAACCAAAAUUUGAGUUCCUCAUCGCAAAUGGCUUUGUGGGUAACCUUCUUCCUGAGCUUAUUACAUCAAAUCCGAAUGUUUUGGAAAGGGCUUUAGAAUCUAAUAUGAAGCCAUGUUUUGAGUAUUUUAAGUCCAUUCUUGGUAGUAAUGACAUGAUUGUAGCGGCUUCUAAGCGAUGUGCAGUGUUCUUGACCUAUGAUUGGAAGAGUAUUAUACAGCCAAAUGUUGAGUUGUUGAUUAAAGAGGGAGUGCCUGAAGAGAGAGUAGUAAAAAUGAUUGUUGCACAACCAAGAAUUAUAUAUCAAAGGCGCGAUAGGAUGGUUUAUGCAAUCAAUGCUGUCAAGAAUUUGGGUCUUGAGCCCAAGGCUGCUAUGUUUAUAUAUGCUCUUAGAUCGAUCUUAUCCAUGAAUGAGUUCACUUGGAAGAAGAAGAUUGAAGUGAUGAAAAGUUUUGGGUGGACUGAAGAAGAGAUUUUGCGGGCAUUUAAGCAAUACCCGUUUCAAUUAUCAUCCUCGGAGGAAAAAAUGAGGAAAUCGAUGGAUUUCUUGUUGAAUACUAUUAAGAUGGAAAGGCAGGCCAUUAUUGCCUGUCCUAAGUUUCUUAUGUAUUCAACUGAGAAAAGGCUCCGUCCUAGGUAUGAUGUUUUGAAGAUUUUGAAGUCUAAGAAGCUAAUUGAAAUCGGCAAGAAGACGAACUAUCUGCUAACAGUUAGUGAGAAGAAUUUCUUGGAGAAUUAUGUUACUAAGUAUGCUGAUAAAGUGCCAGGUUUAUUGGAGGUAUACAGGGGCACAGCAAAGACCGAAAGAUAGAAACUUGAUUACCUCCCAUCCAUCGCCUAUAUUCCAUUAUCACAGGCCAAUGUUUUUCUCAGGUGAAUACAUACAUAUCUAUACCUAUAUGUGUGUGUGCUUACGCUCGCACGCAAGAAGCUAUUUGAAGUUCUUAUUUGUAAUGCCUGUUUUACCGAUUACUUUUGAAUUUCAUUGUUUGCUGAAAUAAAUUGCAUAUUCUUGCUCUUGAAGGCCCGGCCAUUGCUCUCUAUUUUUUGCCAUUCUCUUCAAAUGUUAAACCAAAGCCAGCUAAUUUUCUUGAACCAAACAACAAAUAUUGCAAGUGUCAUUCUUUGGUUGAUCCUUAGUCAAGUUCUAGGCUCAUAAUCUAGUAGAUUGCUUC